ACCAAAAAAAAAGUUAAAAAAAAAAACGAAGGAAAGACCUUAACGACAAUGAAAUUGAAGCAACUCAAGGUCCGCCCCAAGAAGAUUCUCGAAUCGAGUCCCUGCGUUGUCGAAAUGGGUUCUCUUUUUGAGUGCUGGGCCACUUCCGGAGUAGAUGACAAGCGAUGCAUCGCAACUGCCAAAGCAUUGUCAGAAUGUAUGACAAAGCCUGUAUCGAAAGCCAAGCGUCAAAACACCAUCAACUAUCACUUGGCUCGUUUGAGCAAGCACUUGUAAAAUGGUUUAGAUUCCAUUGGCACACUUCUUCCUUUAGAAUUCAGUCACAUUUCAUUGAAAAAUAUCACCACACACACACAAACACACACACACCACUUACACAUGUAUAUGUAUGUAUGUACAUAUGUACGUAUACUAGCAAAAAAAAGUACUCCCGAUCAAUCAAAAAACCAAAAAAAUCAAAAAAAAGACCAGCGCCUGUAUAUUAUUAUUAUUUAUCAUUACCACCAUAAUUGCUACUAUUACUGCCACUAUUUUAUUCUCGC